AUGUCGCUCUUCCGCGCGCGGGUCGAUCUCGCCGCCGCCGACGCCCUCGCUAAGCCCGCGCUGGGGCGGAAGCCGCGCGCGGAGGGAGGCGCCGGCGAAGCGGGCGGGGCGGGCGGGGAUGGCGGAGCCAAGAAACGCUCAGGCGGAGGCCCGAGCGGCGCCACUGAGGGGGACGCGGUCGGCGGGAGCGGAAAACCGCGCGGUCGAGGGAAGCCCAAGACGCUGGGCGCGGGGGGAACAGGCGCGGGGGACAUGGGGUCGUACAACGAACCCGCCACCCCCUACGUCCCCCCCGCCAGGCCCACCGCCGAGCCUGCUGCCGACCCGCAACCAGCCAUCCCUGAGCCUGCCGUCCCCGAGCCCGCCGUCCCCGAACCUGCGGUCCCCGAGCCUACCCUCUCCGCGCAGCCGAACGUGUUCGCAGCAGCUGCAGCAGCAGCCGCGUCCGCGGAACCGGCGGCGGCGGUGGCCCCCCUGCAGCCCCUGGCGGAGGCGGGGCUGAGCAAGCGGCUGGUGCGCUCGCUGCGCGACCUGCGCGCGUUCCACCGCAUCAACGUGUCGACCGCCGUGGUGCAGCUGUUUGCUGAGAUGGCGGACCACUCCCUCGCGCCGUGGAGUAGGAUUCCCGCAAGCAGCAAUGGCAUGGGGCAGAGCGGCAUGGUCUCGCCCUCCCUGCUGCGCUCCAUCGCCAUGCGCCCCCGGUUCAUGUCAUGUGCGGGCCAUGUGAGGGUGGUGGAGGGAGGGGUGUACUUCCGCCUGGGCGGCUUCAUUGACAACGCCUACCGCCUCAGACGCUUCCUGCAGAUGGUCAAAACCAUUCAGCUCGCAGUGACGCGCUUCGAGCUCUCCUCCAUCUCAGCCGAGUUCUUUCUGAACGUGUGCGACCUGCCCGCCAGCUACGACAACGACGUGGGAGGGCAGCGCUCCGUGGGCUUCCCUCUCAUGAGCACCAGGGUGGUGGAGGGCAGCCUUGACAUCGCCGUGCCUGACCCCCUCGACCUCAAUGAGAACAUCAACCUGCCGCCCCCGCCAGAGACUGAGAUCCCAUGGGAGGAGAAGGAGAGCCGGGCCAUAUUCCGAGGGCCCAUCAGCAGCCUGCCUCUGGAGGACGUGCCCAACUGGCGCGCCAACCCGCUCAUCCGCCUGCAGAGGCUGUCAGAGGCACGGCCUGACCUGCUGGACGCGAAGCUGUAUGGGUGGAGCAGAGAGCUGGACCUGGAGGUUCGGAAGAGGAUGAAGGCGGACGGGGUGGCGAUGCAGGGCAGAGCGGCGGUGGAGGAGGCAGUGCCGGCGCGCUUCAAGUAUGGCAUCGUGGCGGGCAGCGCGCACCACCACCAGAUGUGCCCCAUCCUCACCACCGGUGCACAGGUGGCGAUCCGGCAGGAGUCACCAUACUCGGAGUUCUUUGUGCCGAUGCUGAAGCCGUACGUGAACUUCAUCCCGGCCAACCGGCACUUUGACAACCUGGUGGAGAAGCUGCGGUGGGCUCAGAACCACGACAAGCACGUGCGCAACAUGGCACUCGCGGGGAAACGCGUCGCUAAAUGGGCAUGCUCCAAGCAGGGCCACGCGCUGUACUGGGCCAUCCUCCUUAUAAAGUACUCCCGUAACGCCAUGGAGGACCCCUCGCUCAUCCGCCCGCCCGGCAAGCAGCUGUGCCGCAAGCAGCUCAGCCCGGCCAUUCUCGCACUCGUCGACCCCAGCACCACCGGCACCUCCCAGCCGCCCGCUCUGCCCACAGACUGGCCGCCCGCAUGCAGUGAGGAGGCGCGCGCGCAGGUGAAGCAGCCGGCGUGUGUGUUUUACUGCCGGCAGGGUAUUAUUCCCACCAAGACCCACACCUGGGUUUCCGCUGAUGUGCUUUCCGUCCCCUCGGCGGUGCAAUAG